AUGUUCAAGAAUAUGAUAUCUACAAGCACUUCGCAAAACACAUCAAUAGAGGGCUUAGCAUACGCUUCUUUACAGCCGAAAGUCAAACAUAGCUUGGCUUCUGAUCAGAUAUUCUUGAAGAAUUUGAUUAAAGCCUUGGGAGAAUCACCUGCGAAAUCACCUGCGACUUACGGAGCGCUCACCAUUCUUGUUAAUUUGACUACCUAUCCACCUUCUCUUACAGAGGAGCAGAAACGCAUGACCCAACUCAAAGCCUAUGCCAACGCCUCGAAAUCAUCCAAACCAGAUCCACUAAACGAUGAAGAACAUGCCGCGAAACGCUGUCAAGCAGUAUUUGAUGCUGGUGCAAUUCCGAUUCUCGUCACCCACAGCCAGCACGGCUCGACCGCCUCAUUAAUGCUGGUUGUCUCGGUCGUCAACUCAUUGUCCAGAACUACGAAGAUCCGGGGACGGAUGGCUCAACAAGGAGCCGUGAAGCUUCUCCUUCAUGCAUACUCUGUCUUUCCCACCGAUAAUAUCCCAGCACGUCGAACAACUGCUCAUGCACUAGCUCGAAUCCUUAUAUCCACCAACCCUCAGCACGUAUUCGGAGGGUCUAAUCCGCUCUCAGUCACCUCGGCUGUUCGACCACUUCUUCUGAUCCUUGGGGAUGAUCCCUCAGUCGAACAUCGAGAUCUGCUCCCAGUAUUCGAAUCCCUCCUGGCUCUUACCAACCUUGCCUCGACAGACGACACAGCUCGAAACCCCAUCAUCCGGAUUGCAUUCCCCCAGAUCGAAGAACUGCUCCUAUCAAAUAAUAAGAUGGUGACGCGAGCAACGGUCGAGCUGAUCUGCAAUCUCAUGCAAGCACCAGAAGGUGUCGCCAAGUUCGCUGACGGAGGCAGGCAGGCUAGCCAGCGAAUGCACAUACUCCUCGCGUUAACCGAUUCCGAAGAUUUCGAGACUCGCCGGGCAGCUGGUGGUGCCAUGGCAAGUCUCACAGAAUGGGACACCGCUGUCAAUGCCAUUCUGGAACGAGAUCGCGGUGUACCACUCUUGCUAGGGCUCUGCAAAGAAGACCAGGAAGAAUUGAGACAUCGAGGAAUCGUCUGUAUCUUAAAUUUGAUGACGGCACCAGGGAAGGUUGGAGAGUGGGGAAUAAAAAAGGUGAAGGAAGCAGGCGGUGUCGAUGCUUUGAAGGAGUGUUUGAAGAAAUCAAGGAGUCAAGAGGUGUUAGAAAUAACUGUUGAGGCACUGAAGAAGUUGCUGGCGGACGAGAAGCCGGGCGCCGCGCUGCUUACCGAAUGA